AUGAAAAACAAUUUUUAUUUUAUUGUAUUUGAAACAAGUGGUAUAGUCAAGUAUUCUAAAGGUAACAAACCGAUCUUUAUUAAUAACUUUAUAGCUAAUAUGGAUCCAGAUACACAGCUUAAGUCAAGUCUUAAGGUAAGGGAUAAGUUUGUCGAGUAUGAAGUUAGAGGACCAAUUGUGUACUUAUCGGUUUGUAAUAAACCUAUUCUUAAUGAGCUUUUAAACAAAUUUGAUUGUGAAAAAAAUGAGUUUAUUGAGGAAAAACAAAGCAUUGAAGUAAAAGAAAAAAGUGAACUUGAUUUUUCAGUUAGUGAAGAUACUUCUUCAUUCACUACAAUAAAAAACAUUAUAGCAAGUUCAGUUAUAAAGUUACAAAAUAAAACAUUCUUGCUUUUUACUGGAAGAAUUUCUUUAGAUGAAUUAGAAAGAAUUAUACUAAAUCAUUUAAUAGAGAGAAAUGUAACACCAGAAUAUGCAAAUUUGGUUGUAAACGAUGUUAUAGCUCAUUUUAAAUAUAAUAAUGAAACCAGGGUGAGCCAAGAUAGAUUUAGGGAUGCACUCAAAGACUCAAUUAAAAGAUUGUUAUUAAUAAGAAAUCAGAAAGAUUUUUUGGAAAGUAUAAAUUUAAAGAAGGGUGUUUUUUCAAUUUGCUUUGUAGGACCUAAUGGGGUAGGCAAAAGUACUACAUUGGCUAAAAUAAGCAAUUAUUUAUUAAAAGAGAAAUUUAAAGUUUAUAUAGCAGCAUGUGAUACGUUUAGAUCAGGUGCUAUUGAACAACUAAAAAUUCAUGUAGGAAGGUUUAGAAAUGAUGGAUAUGAUGUGGGGUUUUACGAGGGUGGUUAUUCCAAGGAUGAUGCUAAUGUGGCUAAAACAGCAAUUAUUAAAGCAGGUAAGGAAAACAAUGAUGUUAUUUUAAUUGACACAGCAGGAAGAAUGCAUAAUAAGGUAACUUUGAUGAAUUCUCUAACUAAACUUAUAAAAAAUAACGACCCGGACCAUAUAAUAUUCGUUGGAGAGGCAUUAACAGGAGGUGAUUGUUUAGAACAAAUACAAGAGUUUAAUAAACACAUCGGUAAAGGAAUUCACAAUAGGAAGAUUGAUUCGAUUAUUUUAACAAAAGUUGAGGCAGUUAAUGAAAAAGUUGGCAACAUCCUUAAUUUAACACUAUCAACAGGAAUACCAAUUCUAUUUUUAGGCACCGGUCAAACAAAUGAAGAUCUCAUUCCAGUAGACAGCAACUCAAUUGUAAAUUUGCUAUUAAACUAA